GAAGUUUACCACCUAAUGAGAAUUUCCGGUAACAACUCAAGGUGUUUUUCAUUUUUUUAUAUAUAAAUAUUAUUUUCUGUGCCAUGCAAUAUAAGUCAAUUAAAUUCUGAUAUAAAAUCAAAUCGAACAAAGACUAAGUUCAAACAGAAUGCGGGUAACAAGAGUUUUAUGUAAUUACUUUAAAAGAUAUGUUGAAUAUGAAAUGCGACAAAGCUCUGGAGUAGAUUAUAAAGUUCCCAUUUAUGGAUGGGUCCGGAAAGGAAAAAGAAAUUGGAAAUACAGUCAGUUUCAUCCUUUAUCAGCUCAAGGACAAAUGAUAAAUAAAACAUCAAAGGAAAAUGACUUGGUGGAACCUAUAAAAGACUGGAAAAUAUUCAGGGGAGAUAGGGUACAGGUGUUAAUUGGUAAGGACAAAGGAAGACAUGGUCUGGUUAAUUUCAUCAUCAAGGAAAGAAACUGGUGCUAUGUGGAGGGACUUAAUUGUGAAUAUAAACUUGAAGAGGAAUUUGAAGGCCAACCUCUUUUGAAAAAGACAGAAAAGCCAUUACUUGUAACAUCAGAAGUCAGACUAGUGGAUCCUGCUGAUAAUGAACCAACAGAUAUAGAAUGGAAGUACACAGAGGAUGGCAAUAAAGUCCGGGUAUCUGUCAGAUCUGGUCGUAUUUUACCUCUUCCAGCUGCUGCAGAAGAUUAUUAUGAUGACUUUACUCAAAUCAGUAGUUACAAAGAUGGGGAUAAGGAUACCAAUAAAGAGGAAUUACAAAGAGUAACAUUUGAGCCAUCAUUAAAAUCAUUUGAACAAGACAUUUUUGAUCAAAUGGGUAUCAAAGAGGAUCGUAAACCAGGAAAGACUUAUUGGUACUGAGUAUAACUGUUCCUCAAAGUGAUAAUUAUUGGAUUGAAAAAAAUACCAACAGUUCCGCCGAAGGAAUGGACAAAAAGUGGAAAAUUAUUGAAGUUGACAAUUAAAAAUAAAAAUUUAGUUUAAACUAAUGUAAUUGUAGUGUUCUGUUUAAAAAGUGAGAAUAGAAGAUAUAAAUCGAAAGAUGAA